AAAGAUCAACGUGAAAAAAAUUUUAUUAUAAAUUCCACUUUUUUAAAUUAAUUUACCCAAUUUUAAAACAAUCUAAUUUAUUUUUACUUUUUAUAGAAUUAUGGCAUCCAAAGUAACGUUUAAAAUAACUUUAACAUCGGAUCCCAAACUGCCAUUCAAAGUAUUAAGUGUUCCAGAGGCCACACCUUUUACAGCAGUCUUAAAAUUUGCAGCCGAGGAAUUUCAAGUACCCCCAGCAACGUCCGCAAUUAUUACCGAUGAUGGUAUAGGAAUUAAUCCGCAACAAACAGCUGGAAACGUUUUCUUAAAACAUGGUUCAGAAUUAAGGAUCAUUCCGAGGGAUAGAGUAGGAAGUAUUUUAAAUUAAUUUAAGAGAUAUAUUAUAUUUUUGUUAAAUAAGUAGAUUUUUAUAAUCUUUGUUUCAAUUAUAUUUUAAGUUUUUAAAACGUA